AUGGAGAACCUCAACCCUGGCACUGAGGGCAUGCAUACCUUUUCCGAAGGCGAUGAUAGUCUCUUGCCUCUCCAAAAUUUGACUACCACUACCAUUCUGGGCGGUUAUUCUCCCGGGCAGGAUACAACCGGCCAGCUUCUUGCUCGUCAGAUCGCCACCGCAAUUGCAACCAAAACACCCAACGAGAACAGACUCCUUGUAGUUGGGCUUGGUCUCGGAAAGGAAACACCUGAUAGAGACGCAUUCUUUGCCAUUAUUGAUCUUGUCCUCCAAUGUCUUUAA